CACAACAAGUAUUAUAAGUGUAGCACGUUGUGAUAAGUCGCGCGGCCCUGACGUACCGUGUACUCGGCGCCCAUACAUUUGGCAAAUAAUACAGGCACAGGGUGAGCACGUCCCGUGUCCCCGGGAGCUGGCCGCGUACAGACGCUGCGUCCCGGCUGUGCGCCGUGCGGUGGAUUUCCAGCUGUGCUCAUGGGCUCGGGCGGUAGACGCUCAUAUUCAUGAGCAGCAUUCCGACGACUCGCGACUGUCGUGUCGCGCCGCCGUCGCCUCGCAGUUACAGCACUGAAUGUGCGCGUACGUCGCGUGUUGUUAACAUGGUGUACAUGAGGUGUUCUAAUGAAGUACUUCCGCAGCUACUCCGGAGUGCGAUACACACAUACACAGGCACUGAGACUACUACCUGACCAGUAUGAGAGGAAGCAUUCUUCAAAUCAUGGCGGCGGUGUGGCUGGGGGCGCGGCUGGGGGCGCGGCUGGGGGCGCGGCCCGCUGCAGCCGGCAGCCAGGCGCCGGCCGCGGGCUACUUCCACAGAUUGUUGUUCAACGCGCGAGUCGCCAACAACAUCAGCGCGGCGCGCGCCGAGCACAUGCUGCGCGAGAGCGCGCGCUGCCGGCGCUGGCGAGCCGCCGCGCCUGCGCCGCUGCGCCGGGACGUCAUCCUCAACAACCCUUACCACAUCAUGGACCACAUCCUGGACACUAGCCAACAGCUGCGCUCCAGCGGGGAAGACAAGCUGCGCCGCCACUACAACUACAUCAAGCUGUCGGGCGAGACGGUGGAGCCCGAGCCACCCACUCUCACGGCCGCGGUCGCCACGAGUCCGCCACCGACGGCGGCCCGCCAGCCGGCCGGCGAGGAUGCCUACCUGAUGCCGCUGCUGGACAUCGUGAGCGGCCGGCGCGCCGCCCCGGCCGACCUGGCCGACUCCACGGCCGCGACCGCUGCGACCCCUACCGGUAUCGAGAAGGACUUCGCAGACUUGGAGAACUUCCAGAAGAGGAAGACCGCCAAACAAGAUCUCACGUUCCCGCUCACAUUGCCGUUACAGCCGCCACACUAGUAUUCCAAAUGACCUCUGUCUUUCUGAUUUAAUUGAUAUCUAUGUAUUUAAAUUAAACCCUUUGCCACAUUUACGAUGGCCCACAAUGGCGAGAAGUUGCCGAGUUGGUCUAAAUACUAGAGGAGAAGUAAUACACAUAUAUUACUAUACUAACCGGAGCCGGUCCGAUGGCCCUGGCCUAUUUUAAACACAUAUUAUCAAAUAUAUUCUUAUUUUAUUUCAGCCAUGGUCGUCCCACUGCACGGCAAUGGCUCCCUACCCUCCUUCCACUCCUCUCCAUGUGGAGCAUCAGUUGUAAAUCCAAACCUUUAUAUAAAACGUAUCCACCCGUAAUAUAAUGUGUGUCUGCUAGCCAAGUGACAUUGUAUCAUGUUCGCGACCCGCGCGGCCACUGGAAGUAAAGGUGCGAGGACACUGCAACACUAAGCGUGUAUAGGAGAAUGUGUUAUCGCGGGUGUCAGUCAUUGUAAUCGUGUUUGGCGUGACGGUUGCCAUUGCUUCAUCCGUACGAGCUGAAGGGUUACGUCCUACCAAGUACUAGCUAGUGCUGGAGUACGUGACCUAUAUUUAUUGUCACUAGGACGUUCAAUAAAAAUUCCACCCUCUUAGCUAUCAGUAGUACUACGACAGCGCUACGAGUUACCUACGACGCUACGAAAACACCGGACUGCUACGAGUGUGGCUACGAAUUGUCUAGCUACUACGGUCUACGGAGAGGUUCAAGAUCGCUCGCUACUCCGCAAGCUGCGUGUCGGCGGCGGGGCGCGCUGGCCGCGUGCUCCGGUACAAUGUGAUGGUGUGCCAUUGAGA